GUCAUAAAGGAGCCGAAGAUGGCUUCACGAUGCGCUACGGCAGGGCUUAGAUGCGUCAACGCUCAGCUGUCAGUGCACACAUUUAUAUGAAAAGGAAGGAAGGGUAGCGAAAUACUGGGAGGAAGGCGGGCGAGCCGUUCAGAUUUAUGCCUCCAGCCAGUUUAUGCUGCACUUGGCUUGUUUAACAGUCAGGGACAAUGGGUUCGACUACAGAUGAAGAAUUUAAAGAGAAAUUACUAUGGAACGUCAAAAGAGAAGUGAAGCAGAUCAUGGAGGAGGCGGUGACCAAGAAGUUUGUUCAUGAAGACAGCAGCCACAUUAUUGCACUUUGCAGCUCCAUCGAGGCUUGCUUAAGUCACCUGUUGAAGCGAAGAGCGGCGGGAUUCCUCCGCAGCGAUAAGAUCGCCGCCCUCUUCACCAAGAUCGGCAAGGUCAACACCACCGCGAGUGAGAUCUGCCGCAAGGUUCAAGAACAGCUACAGCAGCAGGCCGAAAUCACCAGGAGAACCCAGAGCACAGGACAGGAGCCCCUCCGGAGACAGGGCUCUUCUGCUGGCCGAGCGCCUCAGCCACUCUCUGCCCAGGCCAUCAAGCACAUAUGGGUCCGCACGGCCCUCUUUGAGAAAGUCCUGGACAAAAUAGUGCAGUAUAUUGUGGACAAUGCAAGUAAGUAUUAUGAAAAGGAGGCUCUCAUGCACGACUCUGUGUUUGGCCCGAUACUGGCGGGACUGCUGGUCGGGCCUUGCGCACUAGAGUACACUAAGCUCAAGACAUCGGAUCAUUUCUGGACUGACCCAUCAGCAAAUGAGCUGGUCCAGAGGCAUCGCAUUCACGGGGCCCACAGGGGCCAAGAAGUGUCGCCGGGCCGCAGGCCUGCACUUGGGAUCCGAAAGCGUCAGUCCUCUGGAAGCAUGUCUGAGGACAAGUUUGCAGCCUCGGCCAGAGAGUACGUCGAAUCCCUCCACCAAAACUCACGCAUUCAUUUACUCUACGGAAAAAACAAUGUACUCGUUCAACCGAAGAAAGACAUGGAGGUGCUGCGGGGUUACCUCUCCCUUCAUCAGGCGGCCGAAACACUCACGCUGAAGUGGACGCCCAAUCAGCUAAUCAAUGGCACUCUGGGAGACUGUGACUUGGAGAAGAGUAUUUACUGGGACUACGCUUUGACUGUGCCUUUAAGACAGAUUGUCUGCAUACAUUGUCACCAACGGCCGGACUGUGGGGGUACUCUGGUGUUAGUAAGUCAAGAUGGGAUCCAGCGGCCUCCUCUACACUUCCCUCCUGGGGGCCACCUGCUGGCUUUCCUGUCCUGUUUGGAGACGGGUUUACUUCCCCGGGGUCAGCUUGAGCCACCCCUUUGGUCCCAGAAAGGCAAGGGUAAAGUCUUCCCUAAGCUCCGUAAGAGGAACAGCACGGCCCGUUUAGUCGAUCAGGAUGGAGAUGGAGAGGAGCAGAUCGCUGCAGACUAUGUGUUUCGCAUCGUCUAUCCAGGGCACCGUCACGACUCAACAGUCACUAUAAACUACCAUCACACCACGGGCAGUCGUGCGCCCUCUCUGGACGACGAUGAGGAGGAGGAAGAUAGACUUCACGCUAUGAUCUCUAUGAUCUGCUCACGGAACCUCACAGAUCCUAAUGUCAUGAAAGUAGACCACGGGGACAUGAUGGAGAUGCAGGGUUUUGGCGGCAGCCCGUUGUCAUGGCAGCAGGGCGAGUGCACCAGUCAUAUGUCAUCUUGUCUGUCCUGCUCCACUGGGGGCAGCAACGCUUCCGUCGAGCUUCCAGCCAGCUGUACCUGCAUGCAUGACCGUAUUCCACUGAAGAUGCUGUGCCAAAAUAUGAAGAGACAGAUUGUGUCUCGAGCGUUUUAUGGCUGGCUGGCCUACUGUCGGCACCUGUCCACUGUGAGAACGCACCUUUCAGCACUGGUCAACCACAACAUUGUCCCUCCAGACAAGCCCUGUGAAGCCUCUGGAGGGCUCAGCAAAGAUGUGUGGAGUAAAUAUCAGAAAGACUGUAAGAAUUAUAAGGAGCUGGAGCUGUUGAGGUUGGUUUACUACGGAGGGGUGGAGCAUGAGAUCAGAAAGGAGGUGUGGCCAUUUCUGCUGGGUCACUACAAGUUUGGGAUGGACAAGAAAGACAUGGCUCAGAUUGACGAGAAGAUCACAGAGAGGUAUCAGCAGGUGAUGCGGGAGUGGAAGGCAUGUGAGGUCAUUGUGAAGCAGCGGGAAAAAGAGAUGCAGUCGGCCAUCUUUGCCAAGUUGUCGUCAGGGAGCAGUAUAGACAGUCACGUCCUCAGACUCAUCCAUAGAGACUCCACCAUUAGCAACGAGGUAUUCAUGUCCGUGGAUGAGCCUGAUGCAGGGGGUCACGACACCUCGUGUGAGGGAGGAAGUACUCCCACCUUAACCACUGUAGUUACCCCGGCCAUGUUAGCCCCAGACGAGAGGCCACUGGUGGAGUUUGACUCUCCAGACUCAGGCCUGCCCUCCUCCAGGAACUACUCCGUAGCCUCUGGACAUUCCCAGAUCAUGUCCAGCAUCGAUGACGGACAGAGCAUGGAGGAGGACACUACGCCCACUGGAGUACUGGAGGAGCAGGGUGGACGGGACUCUCUGAGUGAGGACAAACUCUGCAGUCAGCUGGACAAACUCACAACCACCACUGAGGGCACUGCGCCAUCCUUCUCCUCUUAUACGAUUGAGCUGUUGGACACGGUGGCACUGAACUUGCACAGAAUAGACAAAGACGUCCAGCGCUGCGAUCGUAACUACUAUUACUUCACCUCCAGCAACCUGGAGAAACUGAGAAACAUCAUGUGCAGUUACGUGUGGGAACAUCUGGAGAUUGGCUAUGUGCAAGGCAUGUGUGACCUUCUAGCCCCGCUGAUGGUCAUUCUGGAUGAUGAGUGCUUGGCCUACAGCUGUUUCACUCAACUAAUGAAAAGGAUGAGUCAGAAUUUCCCUACCGGAGGAGCCAUGGACACUCAUUUCGCCAAUAUGAGGUCACUAAUACAGAUCCUCGACUCAGAGUUGUUUGAGCUCAUGCACCAGAAUGGAGAUUACACCCAUUUCUAUUUCUGCUACCGCUGGUUCCUCCUGGACUUCAAAAGAGAGCUACUCUAUGAGGAUGUGUUUGCAGUAUGGGAGGUCAUCUGGGUCGCCCCUCGCAUCUCCUCCAAGCACUUUGUCCUGUUCAUUGCACUGGCCUUGGUGGAGGUGUACAGGGACAUUAUCCUGGACAACAACAUGGACUUCACUGAUAUCAUCAAGUUUUUUAACGAGAUGGCCGAGCGCCACGACGUGCAGCACAUCCUCCGAAUAGCGCGGGAGCUGGUACACAAGGUGCAGACCCUUAUCGAGAACAAGUGAGAAUAAGAGUAGGCUGCCGCCCACCGAGUCCCGCCUGGCCAAACCUCCUCCUAAAGGCUUGAGACCGCCCAGGAUCUGCCUCGACGUCUCGACUCUUAAUAUCGUUUGCCUGCCACAGAAUGCCGUUGUGUCAGACCCUGGCGUUGUCUGCAUGCUCGUGGUGUUUGAGCACACUGUGACUGAGGUUUUUUUCCUUUCUCGCUGUACACGCCUCCAGCACACACCGCACCGAUCAGGUCCUUUUAGAUCUGCUUUUAUAAGAAAUGAGAAGCGUCGUACGGGUUGCCACAACCCUGUCCUUUCCCUGAUGGCCGCCAAAUGUACAGUAAGUAUUCCACGAUGAAUAAAAAACGGCGUUGAGCACAGUUUUGAAUCUUUAAACGAGGCUGCGUUACGUCAGCUCCCUUAAAUAAUAUCUAAGCCACGAAGAAGUCGUCCAAACAGUGUGUGACCAAAAGGACUGUGCCAGUAACCUUGUGCUAGUAUUUCUAUGCCUCGUUUUAACGUUUCACGUCUCUAUUGCCCCUUUUCUUCUCUGCGAUGUUUCAGUUGAUGGUGAUGACGACGAUGAUCUUGGAUUAAAAGUAGUUGACGUUGCCUUUGUAACACGUUUCACGACUUGCAUCCAUACGUUUGCACUUUGAAUCUGUCGCCCCACGACACCCGUGAUGCUCCUCGCUGACAGGUGUUAUCUGGGGUCACUACAGUGUCCUAAAGUCUGGAAAGGGUCCAGGCUCUUCCACGAGUCAGAAAACUGCUUCCAUGUGAUGUGACGAGACUAACCGGUCUUUAGUGUGUCACAUUUUAGACGCUCACUACCUUCAGGCUUUGUUCACCCUGCAUAUACUGCACACUACUAAAGAUUGGGGUCGGUGAGAUUUUUGAUCAUUUUUUCUUUAGCAAGGAUGCAUUACAGUGCCUCUGUUAUGGAAAGGUUCAUAGUUUUAGGUGUCCCCAACAGCAUGCAUGCUAAUGCAAAGUCCAAAAAAACUUUUAUUGUCUUAUAAUAUGUUAACUUAUUUGUUCAAGGACUCCCAAACGAUUUAUUGAACGAUUUAUCUUUCCAAGCCGUUCCAUUUGCAGUUAUUUGUUGAUUGGUCUCAUCUUUUAUUUCAUCGUGUCUGUACUGCCUGAUUAAAGCAGUGUUUACAGCCGCUACCGGAAACCGCUAUUUUACCGCAAUUUAAGCGGCAUCUAGUGGCAAAGAAUGAAUUUGCAUUUUCAUUCAAAACAAUGCUAAAAGACCAACAUGUGGCAAGAGGGUGGGCAAGGAUGUUUUCGUUCACUUAGAGCUGUCAGACACGGCAUGAAAGCUAUCCAUAAUAGGGGCACUGUAAAUUAAUCAAUUUCUGCUUUGAAUGCUUUUUUUUUUUUUUAAAUAGAAAAAUGUAUGCAUGCUUGGUUUUCACAAAAAUAUCUAAUAAUAAAAGCAGUUUUUAAAGAUUAUGUGAUACCGAAGUCUGGAAUCAUGGCUGCUGGAAAUUGAAUUUAAACGGCAUUUAAAAUAUAUUCAAACAAAAACCAGUCAUUUUAAACGAUGAUAAUAUUUCACAAUAUUACUGUUUUUAUUAAAAAUGUGCAGCAAUGAUAAGCACACGGUAAUUCUUUAAAAGUAAUCUUAAUCUAAUCUUACUGACCACAAUCUUUUAAACCGUAUUAUACAUCAAUUUUGAUCAUUUUCCAUAUCCAAUCUUUAUUACCGAUUAUUCACUCUUGUCAUUUUGCAAGUGAUAAACUCUGAUCAUGUCCCGAUUACGACUACUUAAAACUACUUGAAUCUGAUCUGACUGUUCAGAAAUUGGAUUUUAAAUGAGAAAUGUCGCUAAAUUCGACCUGUGUUAUGGUCGUCUAUCAUCAAACGUGUCCUGUUAAAGAAACAUUGCAUAAUAGUUGCACAUUUUAAAGAGUAAUUUACUUCCACACGGUCUUCCCCAUCUUCCAAGUAAUUAACGACCUGAGGCUGUUUGGAAUCAAACACUAGUUGACUGAAUACUUCACACAGUACUGCAAAAUAUAUUUUCUUAAAUAAAACGUGAAAUAAAUGCAGCACGCAGUACGUGACAUCCAAACGCCAUUUUGGAAAUGAAGCUUAUUUGACGUUCUCUUCAAAUGAAUCAGCGAUAUUACAUUGGUUUAACGGACUGUUAAGGCAAGCACUUUGCAUUGUGGGAUAUUAUACUCCGUGCAGUGUGCUGAAGUAUACUACACAUUUGGUCAUCAGGGUAUUUCACGCGUACAGACAGUUCACACAUUAGCAUGCAUGCUGUAUACUGCACAAAUAGUACUAGUAUGCUAUUCCAAGCAGCCUAACCCCCCCCACCAAAAAACAAAAAGCAACUGUACUUUUCUAACAGCUGACAGAGAUUAUGGAAGAAGUGGUCUUACGACGUGACUGUCAGUCACUGCCUCAAACCUUGUUGAAUGCGUGCGAGUGCGAAGGAUGUUUUAGCCCUCACGAAAGGUUUACUUCCGACAGGAGCUCAUGUACCAAAGCCUCUAAAACAUCUUCAUCCUUGUCAUACACGUGUGCCAUGUUAAACCGCAACUCGAAGACUGUUGAUUAGGUAUAAAAGACAAAUCAUUUCUCUUCAUUUCUACUGUGAGCCGUUUAUUAUCCUCCUUUACGUGUGUAUUAUUGCACUGUAAAUAAAGAGAAAAGCCCUGGAUUUCUACGAGGACACUACUGUCAGCUGUAUUUCUCUCAGACUCUAUUUUUUACUUUGGUUUCGGAGACUGUGCUAACCUGGAGAGCUGUACAAUCUGAAUGUGGGGAAACCUUUGUUACUUGUUGACUGUUAUGUCCCUUAUUAACGUUGUGCACCGGUUUCUAAUCGUUUCAAAUAUAUGUGUACAUUUUUUGUUCGGGCACCAACAUCAGAAUGAAGUAUGUAUUGUAACGGAUGUAUCAUUUACCUUGAAUGUACAUGUAUUAUGGAGACAAAAAAAAAGUUGUUCCUAAAGAUUAAAACAUUUUCAUAUGCAGAAAAACUUA